UUUAACACAACAUCACAUGAUUUUUAACAAUAAUUGGUUGUGUAUCACUGCUUGCUGUGGUAUGAAUUUAUCAAGCGACUCAUUUCAACGAUUGACAUUUUAAUUACACUCAAUAGUCAAAACGUGUGUCAUACGAACCAAGACUCCAAGUGCUUGCGACGAUGAAACAAACUGUGUGAUAAUGAAUGCCAUCAUUGCCUUGUGUCAUUUUUGUGAAGUACAUGGUCCAAGGAUUGUGUUUUGCACACAGCCCUUUCGCCAGCAGGAGCCGACGACAGAAAUAGAAAGUGAUGACGCCAGUUUAUCGUCGUAUCGCCGGGUGAAGUCGAACUCUGUGAGUUCCAACUCAUCAUGUGACACUCCGUCUUGUGCCACUCCAUCCCUUCCCAGCAUGAAGAAUGAUCUUUGUGAGGGAUGUUACUCUAUCAAAACGGGAUACUACAGUCAAGACGACGAUGCCCAAGUCAGUUAUGUGAGCAGACAGCAGCCACAUCAUCCUCGAGUGUUCAGCCGCAUUCGCCAAGCUUGCAUCAGGAGUCUUAGUUGUGAGGUUUGUCCUGGUAAAGAAGGCCCAAUAUUUUUUGGAGAUGAACAAUAUGGACAUGUUCUGAGUUACACAUUUUUUUUAGCCGACAGUCAAGCUCGCGGCAUUAGACGAUGGAACAGUAUUUUGGUGGUCAUGAUGGACAAAAUAUAUCUGCUGAAUUCGUGGCCAUUCCUUGUGCCCCACCUGAAAACUGUGAUAGAUAACCUGCAGUCGAAGGCUGACAGAGUGUUUGAAAUGGACGAGAAGACGAAUCCUCAGCGAUUGCACAGGUUGACAUCUUCAAGAAGGGGAGGUAAACCUGCCCGCUCUCUCGUGGAACUGACUGGGUAUAAUCACGUGUUCAAACUUCUGCACCUGUCGUUUGUGUGGAUUUUAAAGUCGUGUAGUAACCGCAUUUCAGAGACCUUGCUGGAAGGUCCACCAACGGAAGAUUCCAUUAUAGAUAUGGAAAAACAAGAAGAAACGGAGGAUGGGUUUAUUAAGGUCUACACUAGAAAACUGGGUGAUGGUGACACACAGCAUCUGUCGGGUGAUGAGAGCGAUUCAAGCAUCGAUAUGGGCGUGGGUGACGUGUCUGUGCCUGGUAUUAAGAAUAUCAGACAUCUCUGGAAGGUUCUUGGACACAAUCAGUUUCACACUCUGGCUCACCAUGCUGUGAUUGGCAACCAAAUCAUUGUCACAGGAUCACCGAAAUCAUUGGUCAAAUCAAUUCUGAUUGCACUGAAGUGCCUGCUACCUAAAGGUUGUUGUCGUACCAUAUGCUACAGCAGCAAGUAUGAAGAAUCAUGGCGCUGUAAUUUCCUCGGGCUGAAGCCAGGCAUAAUGGUGCCUAAACACGUAAUGUCAUCCGAGAUGUUUGUUCUUGUGGAAGUAAAAACGUUGGGAAUGACUGACUCGGACCAGAUAGACAAUUCUUUGAAUUCUCUCGACUCGGAAAAGGGGGAGAUAAACGAUUUGCUUUCCACAUACACAUUCAAGAUGUCCAGCCCGGUUGUACUUCCUGCUAAAGCUCCCAUUGUACUGAAGAAAAUGAAGUUAGCUAUUCAGAAUGAAAAUCUUACUGAGGAAGUUGUCGAAUCAUGUUUUGUGUGUUUGAAGGAAGAAUGGAUGAACAAAGUGAAAGUGCUGUUUAAGUUCACGAAAGCCGGAGGGAGUCGGUCGAAGGAGGACACAGCCAAACUGCUGCAGGUUGUUGGGGCCCGGGAUGAGGAUCAACAGCUCCUCAAGUUCUGGAUGACUGGACUCAGUGUGCAGUAUCGCACACACAUCCUCUCUUCGUCCAUGAGUCAAGUUUCAUAGGACAAUAUUGCACACACAUCCUCUCUUCGUCCAUCAGCCAAGUUUCAUAGGACAGUAUUGCACACACUUUCUCUUCCAUAAGCCAAGUUUCAUAGGACAAGUGCUUAACAUUCUCUGUGAUGUUAAUUUGUGCACAGUAUAGCAGACAUGGAUUCUAAUUUUCCAUGAAUCAAGUUUCAUAGGAAAAAUACUUAAUAUUAAUUGGUGCAGUAUAACAAACAUGAAUUCUUGUCUUCAACGAGUCCAGUUAAACAGGACAAAUAUUUAACAUUCUCUGUGAUGCUAAUUUGUGCACAGUAUAGCAGACAUGUGGAUUCUAAUUUUCCAUGAGUCCAGUUAAACAGGACAAAUAUUUAACAUUCUCUGUGAUGCUAAUUUGUGCACUGUAUAGCAGACAUGUGGAUUCUAAUUUUCCAUGAGUCCAGUUAAACAGGACAAAUAUUUAACAUUCUCUGUGAUGCUAAUUUGUGCACAGUAUAGCAGACAUGUGGAUUCUAAUUUUCCAUGAGUCCAGUUAAACAGGACAAAUAUUUAACAUUCUCUGUGAUGCUAAUUUGUGCACUGUAUAGCAGACAUGUGGAUUCUAAUUUUCCAUGAGUCCAGUUAAACAGGACAAAUAUAUAACAUUCUCUGUGAUGCUAAUUUGUGCACAGUAUAGCAGACAUGUGGAUUCUAAUUUUCCAUGAGUCCAGUUAAACAGGACAAAUAUUUAACAUUCUCUGUGAUGCUAAUUUGUGCAUAGACUAGCAGGCAUAGAUUAUAGUCUUCCAUAAGUCAAGUUUCAUAGGACAGAUACUUAACAUCCGCUGUGACAUUAGUGCAAGAUAACAAACAUGAAUUCUCAUCUUCUAUAAGUCAAGUUUCACAGGAUAAAUACUUAACAUCUUCUGUGACAUUAAUUAGUGCACAAUAUAGCAGACCUAAUAGAUUCCAUUAUUUCAUGUAGUGAUGUUUAACAUUCUCUUCGACAUUAAUUAGCGUAUAAAAUAGCGAACAUAAUGGAUUCCAUUCUUUCGUCAUUCAAAUUUUAUAGGACAAAUGCUUAAGAUCCUCUGUGACAUUAAUUUGUGCACAAAAUAGCAGACAUAAUAGAUUCCAUUCUUUUAUGAGUCAUAGGACAAAUGUUUAACAUUCUCUUCAACAUUAAUUAGUGUAAAAAAUAGCGGACAUAAUGGAUUCCAUUCUUUCAUCAUUCAAAUUUUAUAGGACAAAUGCUCAACAUCCUCUGUGACAUUAAUUAGUGCACAGUAUAGCAAACAUUUGGAUUCUCAUCUUCUAAGAGACAAAUUUCAUAGCCAAAUGCUUGACUUCCUUGGUGACAUGGUAUGGUGCAAGGAAGAAACCAGGAUUACCAAGUGUAGUGAAGUGAGAAUUCUAAAAUGGGAGUAUUUGAACAUUUGAAAUCACUGUGUCGGUGAAAGACUUGUUUCAUCUUAAUAAUCUAAAGCAUCCCAGUGUUUACUUGAGAUAGUAAAACUAUCUUAAAUACAUAAUAUAUAUAUAUUAGUGAUUUCCCUAGAAAUUUGGCAAGGCAUGGUAGACCAAACAUCUUUGGGGCAUUUUCAUAAUUUUCGGGGCACUUGUUUUUAAUUAAAAAUACACAAAAAU